AUGACUGUUGUAUGGGAAGACGCCGGCACCGCUGGACGUUAUCGAGUCCAGAUCAUGGUCCCGCAGCGCUCCAACAGCCUUUCAAACCAAGUGUCAGAACUGAGCCUGAAGCGACGAAGGCACGUCUCUCCGGAUGUCGUCAUAUAUGAGUCUCCCCAGACAGACCCCAAGUGGAGAGACGAAUAUACCCAGUUCGGCGGCCUCGACGAUGUAGAUCUUCCUCGACGGAAGCUUCUUUUCAUGCCGGGUGAUGACCUUCACAGUCUCACCAAUGCGAAGCCGCGAAGGUGGACUUACAAAGAGCGCGUUUACCUUUGUGUCAUGUACCGAUACUUUGCCAACGACUUCGACGAUAUCACACUUGUUUUCAAUAAGUGCUUCAAAAGCGUGGUCGAGCGCCGCGUGCUAAAGUCUCAGUACAUUAGUGAGCUUCGUUGGUACGGUUAUGACCGUGCGUGGGUACAAGUCAACAGGGACACCGCAUUCGCAAACAUAGGCGAGAAAUGGGAGGCCGUGAUCGAAGAGCUCGAAGCCUGCGCGGCAAUGUGCUCUGUCGAACUUGUGCCGCGGAGCAUCGACCCGCCGGAUCUGUUCGCGAAGGAAGCAAAGCCUAGGUCUCCCGGGACUAUCAAGCGCCUUAGACAGCUCAAGAAGCUGAGCAAAGUACCCAUCAGUCUCAGCGAUGAUGAGGAAGAAGACGGAUAUGACGAAUCGACCCAUUCUCCAACCUCGGACGCGUCACUACUGGUAGUAACGCCCUCUACACUUCCAUCGUCACAAGCAAGUCAAAGCCCCGAGUCACCGCUCUCAUCUCCUGCAGACAGCGUAGCAAGCCCCUUCCAGCAUCUCGACAGACCAAGAUUCACAUUCCGAUGCGACCACGCUACAUCUGGCACAAUCCGAGACGCACGCGGUCUGAUCGGAGGAGAGUUCGAUACCUGGCCGAACCUUGAGCGUAAGACGUGGCCCACCGCAGACGACAUCUGCCUACAAGACCAAGUAAUCCGACAUAUCUGGCGCUCGGACAGUAGCCGUCCUUACUCUACACUCGUUUCGACGUCCACAAGCUUGCUGGAGCUGUUUCGCCGCGCCGUGCCGAAUAUAGAGACCGCCACUAUCAGUGUGAUUGAAUACGCAAAAAUCGCAAACCACACCUAUCACGCUGAAAGCCUUAUUCGUCGCUUGAAGCCAACAGGCAAUUUCAUUGGCAUGCACUACAAGGGCACGUGCGAAUACCUAACAUACAGCUAUAUCCCCAACGGCGCCAUCGUACACGAGUUCAAGUUCGCAGACCUGCAAAACCGCCUCGUACACGCUGGCUACGGCGCCGCUAUCCUCGAGCGUGUUGUUGGCAAACAUGUAUCCACGGUCAAAAGACAGAUGUUCGAGAGUCCUAUCCCGGCUGAUAAUCGCGGUGCCGGCCUGAUCGGGAUCAUCGCGUCGUUCUUUGGCGUGACUGCGGAUUCAGAUUCGGAUUACGUCCAAUUGAUCGUUGUGCUACUGAUGGACGCCCUAGUCAUCGAGUUUGCAAUUGAGCCUACCGAGGUAGAAAUCGACAGUAUUGUACAACACUUUGUCAGCGAAUUACUCCGGCAGCCUGAUGGCAACUUUGCACCUCUGGAUGAUUCCCACUUCCAUACGCUCAAAUCCGGCUUCAUACUAGGCUUAGUCCAGGGACACCAGAAGUUGAAAAUUGAGAAACACAUACAGGUUGAGCACACGAUCUGCAUGUGUAAUUGUACUUCUGAUGAAAGUUUGCUUGCAAUCACCAGCACCGGUGAUUACAGGCGUAGCGGCUUCAUCAAGCUCGCCUAG